CUUCCACGCAAAACACUCCAGGGACUAUACUAUGGCGAGUGGGGCUGAAUGAUGCUCAGGCUGCGCGCGUGGUCUUAGCCCCGCCCCCAGGCGCCCAGACCCAGGGAGGGCCGUGCGUGCUGCCUCAGGACAGCAGAGGGCGCUGUCCGCAAAGAGGCCGCCCCGGCCGCUCCACUACACGCCCGGGCAUGGGGAGCCCGCCGCGGCCAGGUUGGUUCGGGUUUGGGUUUCGCGGUUUCGGGCAGGCUCUGGGCUCGGAGCUGGGGCCGCGGAGCAGUUUAUACGGGCCCGAGCCGCUGGUGCUGGAGGGCAGCGGAGAGAGAGACCCGGAAAAGGCCCAGGCUGCGGUCAUCGAAGUCCUCCAAGUGCGGCCGAGCUGGAGCUUCAGCGGCUUCUUGACACGGGAUGGUGGCCUGCUGCUGUCGGGCUCUGUGAGUGGCCAGCUCCCAGGAUGCAGGGACAUGCUGGCCUCAGAGCAGCAUCUGCUUGUGCUGCGUAUGGAGGCUGAGGGGACCCCAGCAGAGGUGCAGGCCUGGGCUGCAGCCCCUGAACUUGGAGGGGAGCCCCUGUGGACCCAGCAGCUCCUGCAGCAGGGAAGCCGGGAGUCGGAGCCUGGGUCUGGGCCCCAGACCGGAGGCCCCCUGGCCCCUGCUUUGCUCCCCCUAGUUCCAGAGCCCGGCUGGUACGUGAGCCCUCGGCAGCCUUUCUCUCGGCCCCUGGCUCCAGAGCUGAAGGCCCGGCAGCUGGUGCUGGGGGCAGAGCAUGCCCUGCUGUUGGCUGGAAUGGGGCAGGUGUACACGUGGGGCACAGGCAGACACGGGCAGCUGGGCCACGGCGCCCUGGAAGCUGAGCUGGAGCCCCGGCAGGUGGAGGCACUUCAGGGCCUGCCCAUGGCCCGGGUAGCGGCCGGCGGGUGGCAUUCUCUCUGCGUGAGCGAGGCUGGUGAUCUCUAUGUGUGGGGCUGGAAUGAGUCCGGGCAACUUGCACUGCCUUCCAGAGCCAUUGCAGAGAAAGAGAAGACAGUGGCAGGUGCUUCUGGGCCGUCCUCGUGCAGUCCUGAGGCAGAGGGACCGAUCGUGGAUGGGGAUGGAGACCCGGCUCAGUUCAUAUCCAUCCAGCCGUUUCCAGCGUUACUGGAUCUUCCCGGGGGCUCAGAGGUCAGCAAGGCCAGCUGUGGAUCCCGACACACGGCUGUGGUGACCCGAGAUGGGGAACUCUACACUUGGGGCUGGGGCAAAUAUGGACAACUUGGUCACAAGAAUACAGCUAGUUUGGAUUGUCCCCAACGGGUGGACUAUUUCACAGAUAAUCUGCUCCGUGUGGAAGCUGUGAUCUGUGGCCCAUGGAACACUUAUGUGUAUGCGGUGGAAGAAAAGACCAGACUUUCUAGCCAACUGGACAGAGCCCCGCUGUAGCUGACGAUUCUGAAUCGGCCGUCGUUUUAGAGCUGUAGGAAACAUUGGGGAGGGUUUAUAUCUGUAUUGGUAAUACCUAACCCUAAAAUUUGCUUUGCUAAAAAUCAAAAACAAACUUUCAAGCCAAAUAAAAUGUCUUCUAGU